AUGUUUCUUUCCAAAACUCUAUAUAGAAAUAUCCACUUGAUUCAAAGAAAUCAAAGAUAAUUCUCUAAUAUCAUCAAAGCUUUUGCUACUGUAGAUCCAAAUAAUCUCUCAAAGAAAGAUUAAGGCCUGAACUUAGUAAACGGUGUAUGGAGUUCUACCAAAGCUACGACUUAACUUAUUGACCCAAUGAAUGGUAAUGUGAUAGCAACAUAAGCAGAUACUUCAUUAGAUGAGAUUAAACCUUUUGUUGAUGAGAUGGCUUAGACUCCAAAGACUGGUCUACAUAAUCCUUUCAAAAAUAAGGAGAGAUAUCUUAUGCUUGCUGAAGUAAACAGAAAAUUAGUUGAAUCAUUCAAUGAUAAAGAGGUAUUUGAUUUCUUUAUAAAAGCUAUUUAAAGAGUUUGCCCCAAGUCAACUGCCUAGGCAACUGGUGAAUUAUAAGUUACUAUUGAUUUUUUCAAGAACUUUUGCGGUGAUAAUGUCAGGUAUCUUGCUUCAUCAUUUGGAUCACCAGGAGAUCAUUAGGGCUAAUCCACAAAUGCCUAUAGAUUCCCAUAUGGUGCAGUUAGUGUCAUUACCCCAUUCAAUUUCCCGCUUGAAAUCCCUGUUUUACAAAUGAUGGGUGCUCUUUAUAUGGGAAAUAAAGUUCUUGUCAAGCCAGAUGUUAAGACUGCACUACCACUUGAAUAAUUUAUAAGAUUACUUCAUCACUGCGGUCUUCCAAAGACUGAUUUAAGUUUGAUUUAUAGCAAUGGACCAGUGAUGGAGAAAAUUUUAUAAUAAGGAAAUGUCAGAUAAACCUUAUUUACUGGAUCGUCAAAAAUAGCUGAAUAGCUUUCAAAAAAUCUAAGAGGAAAAGUUAGAAUUGAAGAUGCAGGAUUUGACUGGAAAAUUCUAGGUCCAGAUGUUCCAAAGAGUUAAUAGGAGAUAGAUUAUGUUGCUUGGCAAUGUGACUAAGAUGCUUAUGGCCAUACUGGCUAAAAAUGCUCUGCUCAAUCAAUAUUAUUCGUCCACAAAAACUGGAAAAAAACAAAUUUCUACGAUACCCUUAAAUCUUAAGCUGAGAAAAGAAGCUUAGAAGAUUAAACUAUUGGACCUGUUCUUUCUUGGACAAAUUAAUAAAUCUAAGAUCACGUAGAUAAAGUUAAAAGUAUGAAAGCAGCUGAAUUACUCUUUGGGGGUGAAGCACUACAGGGUCAUUCAAUUCCUCCAUAGUAUGGAGCAUAUAAACCUACUGCAAUUAAAGUUCCAAUCUACAGAUUUGCUAAUAGAAAAUAGAGAAGUACAUUAUUAACUGAACUUUUUGGGCCUUUCCAAGUUAUUGUUGAAUAUGGUGAUUAAAAUGUAGACUAAGUUUUAAAAAUAAUGGAAAAUAUGACUCAUCAUCUUACUGCUGCUGUAGUGUCAAAUAAUCCAUAAUUUGUAGACAAGAUUCUUUAAAACACAGUAAAUGGCACGACUUACACAGGAUUAAGAGCUAGAACAACUGGAGCUCCUCAAAAUCAUUGGUUUGGCCCUAGUGGAGAUCCAAGAGGUGCAGGAAUUGGAUCAAAAGAAGCUAUUAAGUUAGUCUGGUCUCAUCACAGAGAAAUUAUCUCUGAUAUUGGCCCAAUUAAAGAGAGCUGGUCAUUACCAGAUCCCAAAUGA